AGUACAGUGUUUAUCUCUGUAGAGGAAAACAGUAACGCAGUAAUGGGUCUAGUACUUCUUCUUCUAGUAAAUGUACUUGAUUACAUUCCACCACUGCUGGUCACUCAUCCAACUGCUCUUUAACAGAUUAAGAUUCAUUAAUUACAGAUUUAAACGGUGGUAAAGUCUUUAAGAAGAAGAAGAAAAAAAAAAAACUGAAAACAUAGACGAUCUUCGGCUGUCUGUCAGAGCCGUUGACGUCCGUCACGUCUCUCCGUGACGUCGGCGGUCAGGGAGGAAGUACGGCGAGCGGACGGUCCGUGAUGAUGGAGCUGUGUCCGGGCGGCAGCGCUCAUUAUGAGGCUGUCUGACACCCUCCGCUGACAUUAUGCACGUUCUGCUCGCUUGACACGCGAUGUGACUGCGGAUUCGAGUCAGAUGUGACUCGGAUGGUUGCAGCUGGCUAGCUAGCUGUUAGCUUAGCCGUCAUCCAUCCCGGUAGAGUGAGAGAGCUCCAGCAGCAGCAGCAGGCAGCUAGCAGCUCAGCUGAUCCGCUGCAGCACCACACACAGCCCGGCGAGAAGAUGAUGAUGAUGAUGAUGAUGAUGAUGAUGAUGAUGAUGAAGAGGCCUUAAAUGUCAGAUCAGCGACGGUGUGUUCGGGCAUCAGUUACAGACAUGGCGUCCCAGCUCCAGGUGUUCUCCUCCCCCUCUGUGUCCUCCAGUGCCUACUCCCGUUCCAAGAGGCUCAAAGUGGAGAACCCUGCCUGGGAUGUGUCCAACCAGCUGGGAGAUAAUGGUUACUACCAGCAGAGCCCCACCCAGGGAGCUGCACCCUCCACUUCUGGCUCAAACUUCAACCCGGUGUACAACUCCCACCAGGCGCACCCGCCGGCGGCCGGUUCCCGGGAGCAGACGGUGGUGCGGGCAGCAGACAGCACAGGCAGCCUCCGCGGACCUCCCUCCUCCUCUUCCUCGUCGUCGUCCUCCAGCCGCCGCGUCAAGGAUGCCGAGUCGUCCUCCCAGCCGUGUGACCUCUACCACAAGCAGUACAGCCUGAAGAGGAAGAGCGAGGAGGUGGACAGCAGCGACAGCGUCCAGAUCCUGGAGGAGCUCUCAGCCCCCGUGGUCUCAAACCGCACCGGUGGUGGAGGGGGGACCACCACCGCUCAGUCCAUAGCACAUUCCACUUCUACCACGAAGAGCAGCAACUCCCACAGCGAGGGCGACUACCAGCUGGUCCAGCACGAGAUCCUGUGCUCCAUGUCCAACAGCUACGAGGUGCUGGAGUUCCUGGGACGUGGCACCUUCGGCCAGGUGGCUAAAUGCUGGAAGCGAGGCACAAACGAGAUAGUGGCGAUCAAAAUCUUGAAGAAUCAUCCUUCUUAUGCUCGGCAAGGUCAAAUUGAGGUGAGCAUCCUGAGCAGACUGAGCACGGAGAACGCCGACGAGUUCAACUUCGUCCGCUCGUACGAGUGUUUCCAGCACAAGAACCACACGUGCCUUGUGUUUGAGAUGCUGGAGCAGAACCUUUACGACUUCCUGAAGCACAGCAAGUUCAGCCCUCUGCUGCUCAAGUGCAUCCGGCCCAUCCUGCAGCAGGUCGCCACGGCUCUGAUGAAGCUGAAGAGCCUGGGUCUGAUCCACGCCGACCUGAAGCCCGAGAACAUCAUGUUAGUGGACCCUCUGCGGCAGCCGUACAGAGUGAAGGUCAUCGACUUCGGCUCGGCCAGCCACGUGUCCAAAGCGGUUUGCUCCACCUACUUGCAGUCACGAUACUACAGAGCUCCGGAGAUCAUUCUGGGCCUUCCUUUCUGUGAAGCCAUCGACAUGUGGUCUUUGGGGUGCGUCAUCGCUGAGCUGUUCCUGGGAUGGCCUCUUUAUCCCGGUGCCUCAGAGUACGAUCAGAUUCGUUACAUCUCGCAGACACAGGGCCUUCCAGCCGAGUACCUGCUGAGCGCAGGAACCAAAACCAGCCGCUUUUUCAACAGAGGCCCUGACUCGAGCUACCCCCUGUGGAGACUCAAAACACCUGCGGAGCACGAGGCCGAGAUGGGCAUCAAGUCGAAGGAGGCAAGAAAGUACAUCUUCAACUGUCUGGAUGAUAUGAUGCAGGUGAACAUGACUAACCUGGAGGGGACUGACAUCCUGGCAGAGAAGGCCGACAGACGGGAGUUCAUCGACCUGCUGAAGAAGAUGCUGACGCUCGACGCAGACAAACGGAUCACGCCCAUGAAGACGCUGAACCAUCCAUUCGUUACCAUGACACACCUGCUGCACUUCCCUCACAGCUCACAUGUGAAGUCCUGUUUCCAAAACAUGGAUAUAUGCAAACGCAGAUGCAGCGCCUUCGAGAACGGCAAGAACAUGUUUGCCAGCAACAACACACCAAGUGCAGCCACCAACCUCACUGUCACCUUCAGUAGCCAGCUCAACCAGCACAAUCAGAUGGCCUCUACAGGAGGCCAGUCCCUGUCCCUCAGCAGCAACGUCCCUCUGCUGAACUACCAACCCGGUCUCUACCAACAGGCCACCAUAAACAUCCCCGGUCUGACCCAGCAGGGCGUCCCCCUGCAGACCAGACCCACCCAGCUCUGCACCCAGACUGAGCCCUUCCAGCAGACGCUCAUCGUUUGCCCCCCGACCAUCCAGGGUGAGAAUGCAAGAUGUCUUCAAACAUCCAAUAAGCCGUCUGGUUAUCCAGUGAGGAUGGACAACUCGGUACCUUUAGUUCCUCAGAACCAGUCCUCCCAGUCGCUGCACAUCCAGCCUGGCAUGCUGGCACAGGCCUCCCUCGACCCCCUGCUGGUAAGCAGCCUGUACGCCUCAGUGGCGGGAAUGCCGCGUUUAGACUCGGUCCGGCUGCCGGUUGGCUGCAGGGGUGAAAGCCUCGGCGGCCUGCUGGAUCACAAUUCCUCCAUGAUGCAGGGCUGGCCAGCAGGCACACAGCAGAUCCUCAUCCCUUCCACAUGGCAGCAGAUGCCCGGCAUGGCCAUCCACAACCCCGGGCAGGCCGUGGUGCCCGACUCACCCAUGGGAGCCCCCGUCCCCGACAAUCAGCAGGCUUCAGGCUGGAGGGGUCGGCAUGGAAGCCAGUACGAUGGCGUCGGCCAGCAGGACUCUGGAGCCGGCCGUCACGCCGCGUCCCAAAGCCACAACUCAGGGGCCGCUCACUCAAGAGCCCAACAGGGCAAGAGGCCAAAGGGUCGACACGCCGAGAGCAGAGCCAGGCCCGUGUCUUCAGUCCAUUCGACCACCACUGUGGUCCACAACACUUCUGCUUUUGCGGGUGACCAGUCUCAGCCCAUCAUCAUCUCUGACACUCCCAGUCCUGCCGUCAGCAUCAUCACCAUCCACAGCGACUCAGAGGACGAGGACGACAGGAAGUUCCCUGCUGCCUGCUCUGGUACGAGUCAGAGGACGAACGUGAUCAGCUGUGUGACGGUGCACGACUCCCACGACUCCGACUCUUCUACCAGCAGCCCGCUGAGCCCCAAAACCAACUCCCAGCCGCCCGCCAAGUCUCUGGCCAUCAUCAUGCCCUCAGUGAAGAGCCAGCCGGGGGAGAGCACAACCCACAAAGCUCCGGCAGCUCCAGAUCAAGCUACAAGUGUCUCUGGAAAGACCAAGAAGGGGUCGGCUCAGCAGUCCGGUCGGCCGGGAGACUCCAACGCUGAUCGCCACCCACGAGCCGCCUCCAGCAGAUCUCAGCCUCUGAACCUGAGUCAGGUACAGCAGGCUGUGAUGUCAUCAACCCACGACCAAACAGGAAGCAGCAGUUCCCUGAGGCGUCAGCCCACAUACCCCCCUCCUGUCUCCUCCCACUCAUCCUUCAACACCCUCUUCAGCUCCACCCCAAACCUGUACGCCUACCCGGCCUCCGCCGCCCUGGCCUCCGUGUCCCAAGCUGUGGACCAGAUGCAAGGUGGCUCGUCCCGCCAUGGCAGGGCGACCGGGGCUUACUCCUCCCUGGCUCUGCUGCAGAAGAGCAGCAGCCUGGCCCUCGGAGUGUCUGCUCCAGGACAGUACGGCAACCAACACCACCAACAGCAGCAGCAGCAGCAGCAGCAGCAGCCGCAGCAGCAGCAGCUGGGAGGGCAGCCUUUCCACCACUCCAGUGCUCCUUACCAGCGAAAACUCAACCAGUACCCCUACCUGUAGAGAACUGAAGCAAGAAGACCAAAAUGGAGACCGCGACCAGAGAGGAGCACAAAGCUCAUCACGGCUGACUGUGAUCGUUUUCAACCCGACUUUAAAACUUUCCUUUUUACCGUCCAGUCCGGAUCAAAUAAUCACAGGAAGUAUUUAUGUUUUAAUCAUGGUCACCUUUUUUUUUUUUUUUUUUUAAUCUAUUCCAGCUUUGGAGUUUUUCUUUAUGUUGCAACAGCAUGUUAACGAUGACUGAACUGUGCAAUUUGUAUCCGAACGGUGACGCGUUUUCUCGUCAUGUUUGCUCUCGACUCCUGAGAUUUAAGGGCGAUUACAACCACGUCAGACAGAACGCGUGAGAAUCGCAGCCCUGAAAACUCGCAGAUGGAAAUGUUAAGUUGAUUCUUGUUUUUAAAUGUUAAGCCUUUUUUAAAAAAAAAAAUUCAUGUGAGAAAUGUGCGUUGAGACGUAAACUGGAACUUGCUGCUCUUUGUUGAUUAUUAUCGCCAGAAUCGUCAACUAAUUGUUUUAAAAGUCGCAUCAACGUAUCCACAACCGCCUUACUUAUUUAGGUCUUUUAUUUUAACUUUAAUACGUCGGCAGGUCGCGAUAAGUUAGAUUUAUGUGUUGUAUGUUUCAUUAAUGAAUGUACUGUGUGUAUGUGUGUUUUAUCUGUAUUAUGAAAAAAAAAAAAGAUGGAGGUGAGUAAGCUAUGUACUGUACAAUGAUGUGUCACUGUGUUCUCCAUUCUGUUUUAGAACUGGCCUUUGACUUGAUUAUAUUUAUCUGUUGAGAUGCAGUAUGACUCCGUGUAGACGUAGGCUCGGUGUUUAGAGGGGGUUCUCAUGUGUUUUUUUAGUUUUUUUUUUACAGGUUUAGGAGUUAAUCUUAAGGUUGCAUGUGUCUGACAUGAAGUAGCAUUCAGGAUGAGUUUGUAAACUUGCAGAUUUCCGCCGAUUUCCCGGCGUCGCUCGCAGGAAGGAUUAUUACUGUUCUGUUUAAUUUGUACAACAAACGCGUUAACGAUAUCAGAGGGAGGGGAAAAAAAAAUGUAAAAGCUCUUGUCUUGUGAAGUGAUGUUUGUGAAGUAAAAGCGUGCACAUUCAAUCCGAUCGGGGGGUUUUCACGCCAUCAUGUAAGAGUCAAAGCCAUUUAGAUUGCAACUGUUAAAAAUUCACAGUAAAUGCGUUUUUUUUUUGUUUUUUUUUUCCAAUUGUGAAUGAUCAAAUCCGACAACGAUGAUUUAUAAGAAUAUUAAUUGAUGUUCUGUAUGUAACCGCUUCUAAAACUAAAUCAUUGGUUUGGUGAAAUGAUGGUUGUUCCUACGAUCCUGCUGUGUUGUGAAGUGCUACGUUACAUAGGACACACGAUGAACCUUAACCCGUAUAUACGCAAUAAAAUCUUCACAAAACAGAA